UAGUCAAUAGGUACAAACACUAACUGCGAACCACGUAGUAAGGAAAUUAGAAAUUACGUCUGCAUAUAGCUUAAACCUCCACCAUCUCUCUUUCCAUAAUCACUUGCAUUUAGAUUCGAAUCCGCGGAAAAACUGAGAAGAAUGGCGUACGAGGGAAUUCUAAUGGGAAUGGGAAAUCCACUUUUGGAUAUUUCAGCUGUGGUGGAUGAAGAAUUUUUAGCCAAGUAUGGUAUUAAAUUGAACAAUGCAAUUCUCGCAGAGGAAAAACACGUGCCAAUGUAUGAUGAAAUGUCAUCUAAAUACAAUGUUGAGUACAUUGCUGGAGGUGCCACACAGAAUUCAAUCAGAGUUGCUCAGUGGAUGCUUCAAAUUCCCGGCGCAACCAGUUACAUAGGAUCCAUUGGAAAGGACAAGUAUGGCGAGGAAAUGAAGAAAAAUGCCAAAGAAGCUGGUGUUAAUGUUCAUUACUAUGAAGAUGAGUCUCCUACCGGUACUUGCGCUGUAUGUGUGGUGGCUGGUGAAAGAUCACUCGUGGCCAAUUUGUCAGCAGCAAAUUGCUACAAAUCCGAUCAUUUGAAGAAACCAGAAAAUUGGGCAUUGGUUGAAAAGGCCAAGUACUUCUACAUUGCUGGAUUUUUUCUCACAGUUUCCCCAGAGUCCAUCAUGCUUGUUGCUGAACAUGCAGCUGCAAACAACAAGGUUUUUAUGAUGAACCUCUCUGCGCCUUUUAUCUGUGAGUUCUUCAAGGAUGUGCAGGAGAAAGCAUUACCGUAUAUGGACUUUGUUUUCGGAAAUGAAACGGAAGCACGAACUUUCUCUAAAGUUCAUGGCUGGAAGACUGAAGAUGUUGAGGAAAUAGCUUUGAAAAUCUCUCAGUGGCCAAAAGCAUCUGGAACACACAAAAGAAUUACUGUUAUUACUCAGGGUGCAGAUCCAGUUGUUGUUGCAGAGGAUGGGAAAGUGAAGUUGUUCCCUGUAAUUCCGUUGCCGAAGGAGAAACUCGUUGAUACAAAUGGUGCAGGGGAUGCUUUUGUUGGGGGAUUUCUGUCUCAGUUGGUUCAAGGAAAACCCAUUGAAGAUUGUGUAAAAGCAGGUUGUUAUGCUUCAAAUGUCAUUAUCCAGAGGUCCGGCUGCACGUACCCUGAGAAGCCCAAUUUUAAGUGAGUCUCUUUUUAAUUUCCGUGGCCACUCAUUGCUGGUAUUUUAUAUAUAUCGUUUGCUUUCUCUCUGCCCAUGUAUCGCUUAAAUCCUUGCCUGCAAGAAAUUUUGAUUGGACCCCAAAUUACAUUAUUUGAUGUUAUUAUUGAAGCUUAAUUUUUCCCCAGAUGAUGUGAUGAUUCUGUCAUUCAUGGCUAGUUUGGAUGAUGUGAAGGAAUAAAAAUUAAGACUUCAUUUUCAGCUUGUAAAGCAUUAUAAUGUUUCGUAAA